UUUUGCUCAUCUCUCCUCGUGAAGAGACGAGAGAACUCCAGAUCUGGUCGUGUCAAAACCCAGAGAGGGAAAAAAAAACGAAAAAAACCUUAGCUCAAGUUAACUGUAAACUACUGACUUCACAGAUUCAAACAAAUUGGCAAAGAGGGAAACACAAUUAGGGUUUAAUUGAUUUUUGAUUCCCCUUCUAAUUCACGUUCUAGGGUUUUCGAUUUUUGAUUCAUCUUUGAUCGGAGUUUAGCCGUCAUGGAUACGAGAUUUCCGUUCUCUCCGGCCGAGGUCUCUAAAGUCCGGGUGGUCCAGUUUGGCAUACUCAGCCCCGAUGAGAUCAGGCAAAUGUCUGUUAUACAUGUUGAGCAUAGUGAGACGACGGAGAAGGGUAAACCUAAGGUGGGAGGAUUGAGUGAUAUCCGGCUUGGUACAAUUGAUCGGAAGGUGAAGUGUGAGACAUGUAUGGCUAAUAUGGCUGAGUGUCCGGGACAUUUUGGCCAUCUUGAGCUCGCUAAGCCAAUGUAUCAUGUUGGUUUCAUGAAGACGGUGUUAAGUAUCAUGAGAUGUGUCUGCUUCAAUUGCUCCAAGAUUUUAGCUGAUGAGGAGGAGCACAAGUUUAAACAGGCUAUGAAGAUAAAGAACCCCAAGAAUAGGCUUAAGAAGAUUCUAGAUGCCUGUAAAAACAAGACCAAAUGUGAAGGUGGUGAUGAUAUUGAUGAUGUCCAGAACCAAGACACUGACGAACCAGUAAAAAAGAGCCGAGGUGGAUGUGGUGCUCAACAACCAAAGCUGACUAUCGAGGGUAUGAAGAUGAUUGCAGAAUACAAAAUUCCAAGGAAGAAAAACGAUGAGCCAGACCAGCUUCCGGAGCCUGCCGAAAGGAAACAGACACUUGGUGCUGAUAGGGUUUUGAGUGUUUUGAAGAGGAUUAGUGAUGAGGAUUGUCAACUCCUAGGGUUCAACCCUAAGUUUGCUCGUCCUGACUGGAUGAUUCUUGAAGUCCUUCCUAUUCCUCCACCCCCUGUCAGACCAUCUGUAAUGAUGGAUGCCACUUCCAGAAGUGAGGAUGACUUGACCCAUCAGCUAGCCAUGAUUAUUCGACACAAUGAAAACUUGAAAAGGCAGGAAAAAAAUGGAGCGCCAGCUCAUAUUAUAUCAGAGUUUACACAACUCUUGCAGUUUCAUAUAGCUACGUAUUUUGAUAACGAGUUGCCUGGACAGCCAAGGGCUACUCAGAAAUCAGGGAGGCCUAUUAAAUCAAUAUGUAGUAGGCUGAAGGCCAAGGAAGGCAGAAUCAGGGGUAACUUGAUGGGAAAACGAGUUGAUUUCUCGGCACGUACUGUUAUUACACCAGAUCCAACAAUAAAUAUUGAUGAACUUGGUGUUCCAUGGAGUAUUGCCCUGAAUCUCACAUACCCAGAAACAGUUACUCCUUAUAACAUUGAAAGAUUAAAAGAGCUCGUUGAUUAUGGGCCACAUCCUCCACCUGGCAAGACUGGAGCGAAAUAUAUCAUAAGGGACGAUGGCCAAAGACUAGAUCUUCGGUACCUUAAGAAGAGCAGUGAUCAACAUUUGGAACUUGGAUACAAAGUGGAGCGGCAUUUACAGGAUGGUGAUUUUGUUCUGUUUAAUCGUCAACCAAGUCUGCACAAAAUGUCUAUCAUGGGUCACAGGAUUAGGAUUAUGCCAUAUUCCACUUUCCGUCUGAAUUUGUCUGUCACGUCUCCGUACAAUGCUGAUUUUGAUGGGGAUGAGAUGAACAUGCAUGUACCACAGUCAUUCGAGACCAGAGCCGAGGUGUUAGAGCUGAUGAUGGUUCCUAAAUGUAUUGUCUCCCCUCAGGCGAAUCGGCCUGUGAUGGGAAUUGUGCAGGAUACCCUCUUAGGGUGCCGUAAAAUCACAAAGAGAGAUACCUUCAUAGAGAAGGAUGUAUUCAUGAAUACACUAAUGUGGUGGGAAGACUUCGACGGGAAAGUUCCGGCUCCUGCAAUUUUGAAGCCUCGUCCUCUUUGGACUGGCAAACAAGUUUUUAAUCUUAUCAUACCAAAACAGAUAAAUCUGUUGAGGUACUCUGCUUGGCACGCAGAUACAGAGACUGGAUUCAUAACUCCGGGGGAUACUCAAGUGCGAAUUGAAAGAGGGGAACUUCUUGCCGGAACUCUUUGCAAAAAGACCCUUGGUACAUCUAAUGGAAGUCUCGUGCAUGUCAUUUGGGAAGAGGUUGGUCCUGAUGCAGCGAGGAAAUUCCUCGGUCAUACUCAAUGGCUUGUCAAUUACUGGCUUCUGCAGAAUGGUUUUACCAUCGGAAUUGGUGACACAAUUGCCGAUUCAUCAACAAUGGAGAAAAUUAAUGAAACUAUUUCCAAUGCAAAAACUGCUGUGAAAGAUCUUAUCCGGCAGUUCCAGGAAAAGAAAUUGGACCCUGAGCCUGGCCGAACUAUGACAGAGACAUUUGAGAACAGGGUCAACCAGGUUUUAAAUAAAGCUCGUGAUGAUGCUGGAAGUAGUGCUCAAAAGAGUUUAGCAGAAACCAAUAACCUUAAGGCCAUGGUGACAGCAGGAUCCAAAGGAAGUUUCAUCAAUAUUUCUCAAAUGACAGCGUGUGUCGGUCAGCAAAAUGUUGAAGGGAAGCGUAUUCCAUUUGGAUUUGAUGGGCGGACAUUGCCACAUUUCACCAAAGAUGAUUAUGGUCCUGAAAGUCGUGGUUUUGUUGAGAAUUCGUACCUGCGUGGAUUGACUCCUCAAGAGUUCUUUUUCCAUGCCAUGGGAGGAAGAGAAGGUCUUAUUGAUACUGCUGUGAAGACAUCAGAAACUGGAUACAUUCAGAGGCGAUUGGUAAAGGCUAUGGAGGAUAUUAUGGUUAAGUAUGAUGGGACAGUCAGAAACUCUUUGGGUGAUGUUAUUCAAUUUCUCUAUGGAGAAGAUGGUAUGGAUGCUGUAUGGAUAGAAUCACAGAAGCUGGAUUCCUUGAAAAUGAAGAAAUCAGAGUUUGAUAGGACUUUUAAGUAUGAGAUUGACGACGAAAACUGGAAUCCUACAUACCUAAGUGAUGAACAUCUCGAGGACUUGAAGGGAAUUCGGGAGUUGCGUGAUGUAUUCGAUGCGGAAUAUUCGAAACUUGAGACUGACAGAUUCCAACUUGGGACUGAAAUUGCAACUAAUGGUGACAGCACUUGGCCAUUGCCUGUUAACAUCAAGAGGCAUAUCUGGAAUGCGCAGAAGACUUUCAAAAUUGACUUGCGCAAAAUUUCGGAUAUGCACCCUGUUGAAAUUGUUGAUGCUGUUGAUAAACUACAGGAGAGGCUGUUGGUUGUUCCUGGUGAUGAUGCGUUGAGUGUGGAAGCACAGAAAAAUGCAACAUUGUUCUUUAACAUUUUGCUCCGCAGCACUCUUGCUAGUAAAAGAGUUUUGGAAGAAUACAAGCUUAGCCGCGAGGCUUUUGAGUGGGUCAUUGGUGAGAUCGAAUCGAGGUUUUUACAAUCGCUAGUGGCCCCAGGGGAAAUGAUCGGUUGUGUUGCUGCUCAAUCAAUUGGAGAACCUGCUACGCAGAUGACUCUGAACACCUUCCAUUAUGCUGGUGUUAGUGCAAAGAACGUUACACUUGGUGUUCCCAGGUUGCGUGAAAUUAUUAAUGUAGCUAAGAGGAUCAAAACACCAUCCCUAUCAGUCUAUCUCACUCCAGAAGCUAGCAAAUCAAAAGAGGGGGCUAAGACUGUUCAGUGUGCUUUGGAGUAUACUACUCUCAGGAGUGUCACUCAAGCUACGGAAGUCUGGUAUGACCCAGAUCCAAUGAGUACUAUAAUUGAAGAGGACUUGGAAUUUGUGAGGUCCUACUAUGAGAUGCCAGAUGAAGAUGUUUCUCCAGAUAAAAUAUCUCCUUGGCUACUUCGUAUAGAGUUGAAUCGUGAGAUGAUGGUUGAUAAGAAAUUGAGUAUGGCGGAUAUUGCGGAGAAGAUCAACCUUGAGUUUGAUGAUGACCUAACUUGCAUAUUCAAUGAUGAUAAUGCUCAAAAACUGAUCCUUCGAAUUCGUAUUAUGAACGAUGAGGGCCCAAAGGGAGAGUUGCAAGAUGAGUCAGCUGAGGAUGAUGUUUUCCUUAAAAAGAUUGAGAGCAACAUGCUGACAGAAAUGGCGCUCAGAGGUAUUCCAGACAUCAACAAGGUUUUUAUUAAACAGGUUAGGAAAAGCAGGUUUGAUGAGGAGGGAGGUUUCAAGACAUCUGAGGAGUGGAUGUUGGAUACAGAAGGUGUUAAUCUCUUAGCUGUUAUGUGCCACGAAGAUGUGGAUCCAAAGAGAACAACAAGCAAUCACUUGAUUGAAAUUAUUGAAGUUCUCGGAAUUGAGGCAGUUCGUCGUGCUUUGUUGGAUGAACUCCGUGUUGUGAUAUCCUUUGAUGGUUCUUAUGUGAAUUACCGUCAUCUUGCCAUCUUGUGUGAUACUAUGACCUAUCGCGGUCAUCUGAUGGCUAUCACUCGACAUGGUAUCAAUAGAAAUGACACUGGGCCUCUGAUGAGAUGCUCUUUUGAAGAAACAGUUGAUAUUCUGCUAGAUGCUGCGGCUUAUGCUGAGACAGACUGCUUACGGGGUGUUACUGAGAAUAUAAUGUUGGGUCAACUUGCACCAAUUGGGACAGGAGAUUGUGAAUUGUAUCUGAAUGAUGAGAUGCUGAAGAAUGCAAUUGAACUUCAGCUCCCUAGCUAUAUGGAUGGUCUGGAAUUUGGAAUGACUCCUGCGCGUUCACCAGUGUCAGGCACUCCUUACCAUGAAGGCAUGAUGUCUCCGAACUACCUGUUAAGUCCAAAUAUGCGUUUGUCGCCAAUGUCAGAUGCACAGUUUUCUCCAUAUGUUGGUGGAAUGGCCUUUUCGCCUUCUUCUUCUCCAGGCUAUAGCCCAUCAUCCCCUGGAUACAGUCCUACUUCUCCCGCUUACUCUCCUAGCAAUGCAAGACUAUCACCAGCUAGCCCCUACAGUCCUACAUCUCCAAACUACAGCCCGACAUCACCAUCAUACUCACCCACAUCUCCAUCUUAUUCACCUUCAAGUCCAACAUACAGUCCCAGCAGCCCGUAUAGCUCAGGAGCAAGCCCUGACUACAGCCCAAGCGCAGGCUACUCACCGACACUUCCCGGUUAUUCACCGUCAUCUACGGGUCAGUAUACACCACAUGAGGGCGAGAAAAAUGCCAAGACUGGAAAAGAUGUCAGUAAGGAUGCAUCGGAGGACGUGAUGCUUCUACACGGUGACCUCGAUUUGAAAAUUGUUAAGGCGAGGAGGUUACCUAACAUGGAUAUGUUCUCAGAACAUUUGCGCCGUGUCUUCACCGCUUGUAACGCCUGUUCUAGACCCACCGAUGAUGUCGAUCCCAGAGAUAGCGGCGAAGUCGGUGAUAGAAACAUCCGUAGCCACCGUAAGGUUAUCACCAGCGAUCCGUACGUCACCGUCGUCGUUCCUCAAGCCACUCUAGCUCGAACACGUGUUUUGAAAAACUCACAAGAUCCUCUUUGGGACGAGCAUUUCAACAUCUCCGUAGCGCAUCCGUUGGCUUAUCUCGAGUUCCAGGUCAAAGACGACGAUGUUUUCGGUGCUCAAAUCAUUGGCACGGCUAAGAUCCCGGUUCGAGACAUCGCAUCGGGAGAACGCAUUUCUGGUUGGUUUCCUGUACUCGGUGCUUCAGGAAAACCGCCUAAGGCAGAAACUGCUCUUUUCAUCGAUAUGAAAUUUACUCCGUUCGACCAGAUCCAUAGUUACCGAUGUGGAAUCGCCGGAGAUCCGGACCGUAAAGGUGUUAAACGGACUUAUUUCCCUGUGAGGAAAGGAAGUCAGGUGAGGCUUUACCAGGACGCUCAUGUUAUGGACGGAAUGUUGCCGGAGAUUGGGUUAGAUAACGGGAAAGUUUAUCAACAUGGGAAGUGUUGGGAAGAUAUAUGUUAUGCUGUAUCUGAGGCUCAUCAUAUGAUUUACGUUGUUGGUUGGUCUGUCUUCCAUAAGAUUAAGCUGGUUAGGGAACCUACAAGGAAAUUACCAAGAGGUGGUGAUUUGACGCUUGGGGAAUUGCUCAAAUACAAAUCAGAGGAAGGUGUUCGAGUUUUGCUUCUUGUAUGGGAUGAUAAGACUUCUCAUGAUAAAUUUGGGAUAAGCACGCCUGGAGUUAUGGGAACACAUGAUGAAGAGACUAGGAAGUUCUUCAAGCAUUCUUCUGUGAUUUGCGUAUUGUCACCCCGGUAUGCCAGCAGUAAGCUUGGGUUGUUCAAACAGCAGGUUGUUGGCACUCUCUUUACGCACCAUCAAAAGUGUGUUCUUGUAGACACUCAGGCUGUUGGUAACAAUCGCAAGGUCACAGCUUUUAUUGGAGGUUUAGAUCUUUGUGAUGGCCGCUAUGACACACCUGAGCAUAGGAUACUCAAGGAUCUUGACACUGUAUUUAAGGAUGAUUUUCACAAUCCUACAUUUCCUGCUGGUACUAAGGCUCCAAGACAACCUUGGCAUGAUUUGCACUGUAGGAUAGAUGGGCCUGCGGCAUAUGAUGUUCUCAUAAACUUUGAGCAGCGAUGGAGAAAGGCAACACGAUGGAAAGAGUUUAGCUUACGUUUAAAGGGGAAAACUCACUGGCAAGAUGAUGCUUUGAUCCGGAUAGGGCGCAUAUCAUGGAUUCUAAGUCCAGUGUUUAAAUUUCUGAAGGAUGGUACUACAAUUAUUCCAGAGGACGAUCCAUGUGUUUGGGUUUCUAAAGAAGAUGAUCCUGAGAACUGGCAUGUUCAGAUAUUCCGGUCUAUCGACUCAGGAUCCGUGAAAGGAUUUCCAAAGUAUGAAGAUGAGGCUGAGGCCCAGCAUCUGGAAUGUGCCAAGCGUCUUGUUAUAGAUAAAAGCAUCCAGACUGCAUACAUCCAGACAAUCAGAUCUGCUCAGCAUUUCAUAUAUAUUGAGAAUCAGUAUUUCCUGGGUUCUUCUUAUGCUUGGCCUUCGUAUAGAGAUGCAGGAGCUGACAAUCUUAUUCCUAUGGAGUUGGCUCUAAAGAUUGUUAGUAAAAUCAGAGCUAAGGAAAGAUUUGCUGUAUAUGUUGUCAUACCAUUAUGGCCUGAAGGCGACCCAAAGUCUGGCCCUGUGCAAGAAAUUCUAUAUUGGCAGAGCCAAACUAUGCAGAUGAUGUACGAUGUUAUAGCAAAAGAACUGAAAGCGGUGCAAUCAGAUGCUCAUCCUCUCGAUUACCUUAACUUUUAUUGCCUUGGUAAACGAGAGCAUCUUCCAGAUGAUAUGCCAGCCACCAAUGGCAAUGUGGUAUCGGAUUCUUAUCAGUUCCAGCGUUUCAUGAUUUACGUGCACGCAAAGGGGAUGGUAGUAGAUGAUGAGUAUGUACUCAUGGGAUCUGCUAAUAUCAACCAAAGAUCGAUGGCGGGCACCAAAGAUACUGAAAUCGCCAUGGGCGCAUACCAACCUAAUCAUACAUGGGCUCACAAGGGAAAACACCCACGUGGCCAGGUGUAUGGAUACAGAAUGUCACUAUGGGCAGAGCAUUUAGGCAAAACUGGAGAUGAAUUUGUGGAGCCAGCAGAUCUGGAAUGUGUGAAGAACGUGAACAAAAUCUCUGAAGGAAACUGGAAAAAAUUCAUAGACUCGGAAUUCUCGGAGCUACAAGGUCACUUAAUAAAGUAUCCUCUACAAGUAGAUGUUGAUGGUAAAGUAAGCCCUCUUCCUGAUUACGAAAAUUUCCCAGAUGUUGGUGGUAAGAUCAUUGGAGCUCAUUCCAUGGCUCUUCCUGACACUUUAACCACGUAAUGUUCAUCAUGUUCAAUGUAAAUUUCAGCAUUUUUUGGGGGUUUCUUUUGAUCCUGAAGAAUAGCUGGAAGUGUUGUUUCAGUUGUACAUUUAACUGUGUUGUUUCUUUUAAUACAUUCUUUUGUGAUUG